AUGGAGACGCAACCGCAUGAGGUUUUACAGCAACCACCGGUUUCUUCGAUCGACGCCCACAAUGAUGACGCCUCGAACCACAGAGACCCUGAGCAGAAACAAGAUGUUCCGAGGGAAGAAGUUGGGCAGAUUCUGCAAGUUAUUGCGUCUACUGGGAAGUUCUGGCAUGACUGGGAUAAGUUGAAGAGUAUGCUAUCCUUUCAGCUGAAGCAGGUACUGUCAGAGUACCCUGAGGCAAAAUUGACUAGUGAACAGCAGUAUGCAUCGUUGGGAGAAUCCUACAUUGAGUUGGUCAGUAAAUUAGAUGAAGCGCUUACUUGUUUCAUCGAAGGCCCUCCAUUUACGUUGCAAAGGCUUUGUGAGAUCCUAUUGGAUGCAAAAAGCAUUUAUCCAAACCUUUCAAAGCUUGCAUUAGCUCUUGAAAAGAACUUAUUAGUUACAUCUACAUUGACAAUCUGCACUGAUCCAUACCCGCAAGCUACUGAAAAAGAGCCAGUUGACCAAGAGAAGGCAAAUGAAAAGCAGAAUAAGCAAUCUGAUACUGCGCAGAAUGGCAUUGAGCCUCUGGUGUCUGAUAAAGACGAAGUAAUGACUGAGGCUGAUGUGGGUGAUGAUAUGACCAUUGAUAUGGAAGCUUUUGAUGGCGAAAAAUCAUCAGAAACCAAUUCUGAACCUAAUGCUAAUAAUGCAUAA